UCCUAGCCUCGCGAUGGUGCCGUCAGGAUUCUUUAAGGUUUGCCUUCUGGUGGUCCUUCAAAUAGUAUCAGCAUAUUGUGCUCCAGUAGCAGAACACAGAGACAAAAGGACAAUAGCCCUGAUAGGAGGGGGCUAUGGAGUAGGGUAUGGCGGUGGAUAUGGUGGGCAUGGUAACUCCAUAGGCUAUGCAGGAGGACACGGUGUUGGAUACGGGGGAGGCUAUGGGGGAGGCUAUGGAGGAGGCUAUGGAGGAGGCUAUGGAGGCGGCUAUGGAGGAGGCUAUGGAGGCGGUUAUGGAGGUGGUUACGGAGGAGGCUACGGCGGAGGCUAUGGGGGCGGAUAUGAAGACGGAUAUGGAACAGGCUAUAGAGGUCAUAUACAUCAACAUCAGAGCUAUGACACAUACAGUACAGGUGGAUCAGGAGUCGGAGUAGGAGUAGGCACAGGGGGAGCGGGAAGCGGCGUUGGCAUUGGAAUUGGAAUAGGCAUUGGAGGAGGACAAGGCGUUGGCGUUGGAGUUGGAGCUGGAAAAUAGACUGUUUAAGAAUAACAAAAUGAACAACUGUCAUGUCUAUAUGACACAAUAUAUACACCGUCCAAAUAGAAAUAAAAAUUUCCUGAAAUGUUUCAAAUUCUUAUUUGUAUUCGGACGUUGAGUGUCAGUUUGUACAAAUUUACUCGUAUGUUGAAAGCCAGUGAUCAUUGCCAUCAUUUUUGUAAUUGUCGAAUAUCAUCAAUGUCGUGUAAAUACCUUAUUGUAAAAUCCAAAAUGCUACAUUUUGGCCAUCAUGUGU